GGGGCAGAGGCGACUUCCGGCGAGGCGGGCCCGGGUCUGGGCGAGCGGCUGCGGGACGGCGAGAUGACCACGCUGCGGGCCUUCACGUGCGACGACCUGUUCCGGUUCAACAACAUAAACUUGGAUCCACUUACAGAAACUUAUGGAAUUCCUUUCUACCUGCAGUACCUUGCCCACUGGCCAGAGUACUUCAUUGUUGCAGAAGCGCCUGGUGGAGAGCUCAUGGGUUACAUUAUGGGGAAAGCAGAAGGCUCGGUGGCGCGGGAAGAGUGGCAUGGCCACGUCACGGCUCUGUCUGUGGCCCCCGAGUUCCGGCGCCUGGGUUUGGCUGCAAAACUCAUGGAGUUAUUAGAGGAGAUUUCAGAAAGGAAGGGUGGAUUUUUCGUGGAUCUCUUCGUCAGAGUGUCUAACCAGGUCGCAGUCAACAUGUACAAGCAGCUGGGCUACAGUGUGUAUAGGACCGUCAUAGAGUACUAUUCAGCCAGCAACGGGGAGCCUGACGAGGAUGCCUAUGACAUGAGGAAAGCCCUUUCCAGAGACACUGAGAAGAAAUCCAUCAUACCAUUACCUCAUCCCGUGAGGCCUGAAGAUAUUGAAUAACCAUGAGCAGUGGUUCUUAGGCUGAAUUUUCACUGGAUGAUUUUGGAAUUCUGUUAGGAGAAAAAUAAUCAAUUAGUCUUAAAGACUUCAGGAAAACAUAGGUUAAAAAACUUAGUUUUGUCUCAUUUCUAAUUAGCAAUAUAUCUAUGAUAGCUGUUCACAGAAAUAAGAUUUCAGAAAGACAGGUAGGGAAUCAUUGCACUAUCCUGAUUAAUAAAAUUUACUCUAUGCUAGGGAAAAAACUUGCUCCAGUCUCCUCAGUUCUGUGCCUGAGAACCACUGCUGCGUAUAUAGAUUUUAUUUUGUAUUGAAAUGUUAGAGCUUUAAGAGCAUAUAUGAAAUGUAUAAAUCUAAGAUGUAUAAUAAAAUGCAUUGUUGACUCAA